AGGGGUUGUUCCGGACGCCAUCUGGAGAUUCGCUUCCGGCCGCCUUGAUAUAAGACCGCCCCCGUCCCAGGGGAAAUCAGGUUUUGUCAGUAUUCACAUCACUACCACCCCCGUGCCCCAUCAUCACAGUAUCAGACCCCUACCGUCUCGUCCUUCUUGAGAAAUCUGCCAUCAUGUCGAAACCGGGAUUCAAAGAAGUCGAUUUCGGCUCGUCCCCCAAGCACUCUAUCCACACUCCCCCUGAUUCCCCUGAGAAGACCACACACCCCAAGGACUUCCCGAUCCUUCCCAAGAAGGCGGAUGGCCAGGUCAGCACCGGGGCGGGCCAUGCCAGGAAAGAGAGCAGGACCAAGAUGAGCCUGGGGAGCCUCGAACACAACCUCACCAUCCCGACAUCACCAAGUUCCCACAACACAAUCGAGGUGCCGGCCCUGAGGUCGCCCGACGCGGACACCACAGAGUUCAUGCACCAUCUCUCGUCUACCCCGUCGACAAAGCAGAGGCGAGUGUCGCGCAACUCGUUUGGCGCUUCGCUACCCAUCCCCAAGUCGAAGCGGCAGUCACGGCUCAGCAGCGUCACAUACCCGGCCGAGGCCAAGGAGGCUCUCUUGGGCAAGGCCGGCACCGUGCCAUGCCGCGACAUUCUGGCCUCGCAGGUGCAGGAUGUCUUUGCGCACAAGGUCAAGGCGGCCAAGAACAUGGCGUUCGUCUUCGACAUCGACGGCGUGCUCGUCCACGGUGACCGGCUGAUCCCGCAGGGGCAGCAGACGCUCGAUAUGCUCAACGGCAACAACCAGCUGGGCAUCAAGAUCCCGCACAUCUUCCUGACCAACGGGUCCGGCAAGCCCGAGCUGGCGCGGACGGAGCAGCUGUCCAAGAUCCUCAAGAACCACAUCGACACGGACCAGUUCAUCCAGAGCCACACGCCGAUGCGGGCGCUGGCCGAGUACUACGAGACGGUGCUGGUGGUGGGCGGCGAGGGCUACCGGUGCCGCGACGUGGCCGAGGAGUACGGCUUCAAGAACAUCGUGGUGCCCAACGACAUCGUGGCGUGGGACCCGUCCAUCGCCCCCUACCGGGUCUUCACCGACGAGGAGCGGGCGUCGUCGCGGCCGCGCGACUUCACAAAGGUCAACAUCGACGCCAUCCUCGUCUUCUCGGACUCGCGCGACUACGCGACCGACAUGCAGAUCAUCAUGGACCUGCUGCGGUCCGAGAACGGGCGGUUCGGCACGACGGCCAAGGACCCCGUCUCGCAGCGGAUCCCCAUCUACUUCUCGCAGGGCGACCUGCUGUGCCCGACCGAGCACCCGAUCCCGCGCAUGAGCCAGGGGGCCUUCCGGAUCGGGCUCGAGGCCAUGUACAAGGCCCUGACGGGCGUUGAGCUGGAGCGGGUGGUGUACGGCAAGCCCGAGCUGGCCACGUACAAGUACGCCGACGAGGUGAUUGCGUCGUGGAUGGACUCGCUGCACGGCGAGGAGCGCGUGCCCGAGAAUGUCUACAUGAUCGGCGACAACCCGGCCUCGGACAUCGUCGGCGGCAACAUGUACGGCUGGAACACCUGCCUCGUCCGCACCGGCGUCUUCCAGGGCGGCGACAACGACGACGAGAACCCGGCCAACUUUGGCGUCUUCCCCAACGUCUGGGAGGCCGUCACCGCCGCCUGCCGCAAGCAGCUGGGCGACGACUUUGUCUUUGAGUGGGAUGCCAGCAUCGUCAACCCGGUGUUGCACGACACGGCCACCUCGGCCAUUGAGGUUUGA